AUGGCAAAAAAAGGAGCAGGGCGCAAAAGGAUUCCAAUGGAGAAGAUAGAGGACUCAAGUAAGGUUGGGGUUACCUUCUCAAAACGAAGGUCUGGCCUCUUUAAGAAGGCAUGUGCGGUCCGCUCUCUCUGUGACUGUCAUACGGCUAUUGUUAUCUUCUCAGGGGACAACACAGUUUAUUCUUUCGGUGAUCCCUCCUCAGAUAGGAUUUUCAAUUCCUUCAUCGGCGCUACCCCUGCCGAAGAGAGCGAAGGCGCUACCCGUGCCGAAGAGAGCGAAGGCGCUACUUCUGCCGAAGAGAGCGAAGGCGCUACUCCUGCCGAAGAGAGCGAAGGCGCUACCCCUGCCGAAGAGAGCGAUGUCCCACAGUUAACAGAAGGUUAUGAUUUUUGUCAACUGAUGGAAGAGAUGACAGAAUAUGAAGGCAUAGUUGAUGCAGAGAAAACUCGGGAAAAUGGCUUUACUGAAGUUGAGAACGAUCCUCAAGAUGAGAAUUGCUUGGGGAAAUUGUGGUCAGCACCAGUGGAGGAACUAACAUUGGCAGAAGCUGAAGAAAUGUUGGCGAAAUUGGAGGACUUUAAACCAUUUGAAGACACUUCUAGCAGCCAAGCACAAACAUAA